AUGAAAAAAUAUUUAUUAUUGAUAUUAAUAAUAAUAAUAAAUAUAAAAAUAAUAAAAUCAUUUGAAGAAAUUUCAAUUGAAGUUUCAAUAAAAGAAGAAGAAGAAAAUGGUACAAUAAUUAUUGAUUUAAGAUCAUAUAUAAAAUCUGAAUUGUUAUUAAAUAAUUCAAAUGAUUAUAUAAUAAAAUUUGUUCGUCCUUGUUUUAAUUUUUAUAUUGAUAAAGAAAAUUUAUUUCAAAUUCGUUCAUAUAAAAUUGAUCGUGAAAAAAUUUGUCCAUAUGAAAAAAAAUGUUAUUUAAAUUGUGAUUUAUUUAUUGAAAAAGAAGAAAUAAAAUUAAUAAAAUUAAAAAUAAAUAUUGAAGAUAUAAAUGAUCAUAAACCAAAAUUUAAAAAAAAAUUUUAUUCAUAUGAAUUUGAUGAAAAUUUAUCAAUAGGUUAUCGUUUACAAUUAGAACAAGCUGAAGAUAAAGAUAUAAGUGAAAAAAAUUCAAUAAAAAAUUAUUAUUUAAAUUUAUUUAAUUUAACAUAUUUUCCAUUUAAACUUGAUUAUAAUGAAAAAAAUCAUUUACUUGAAUUAAUAUUAAUUAAAAAUUUAGAAAAAAAUAAAAAUGAUAAAUUUCUUUUUGAACUUAUUGUUAAUGAUGGAGAAAAUGAAGAAGAUAAAUGUUUAAUUGAAAUAAAUAUUUUAGAAAAUCAACAAUAUAAUAAUUUACCACCAAAAUUUGAUUUAAAUUUAUAUCAAUUUUAUAUAUUUAAUUUAAAUGAAAAAUUUAUCGGAAAAGUUCAUGCAAUUAAUUUACAUAAUAAUAAUAAUAAUAAUAAUAAUAAACAAAUAUAUUAUCGUAUAAUUCCAUCAAUAGAUAAUUCAAAUUUAUUUCAAAUAAAUGAAACAAGUGGAGAAAUUUUUUUAAAUGAAAUAGAAAAAAUAAAUUUAUUUGAUAAAUUUUAUGAAAUAUUUAUUGAAGCAUUUUAUUUAAAUUAUCUUUCUUCAUUAACAAAAGUUCAAAUUUAUUUUAAUUUAACUUCUCAAUUUAAAAAUAAUGAUAAUGAUAAUCAAGAAUAUUUUAUUCAAAUUUUAAUACCAAAAUUAUUUCAAAAAAUUGAUAAUCAAAUAUUUAUUAAAGAAAAUAUAUCUAUACCAAUAACAAUUCUUCAAUUAUUUAUUUCAUCAUCAUCAUCAUCAUCAUCAUCAUUAUCAUCUUCAUUAUCUUCAUAUUCAUUAGAUAUGAUAACAUCUAUUGAUAAAAAUUUUUUUUAUUUAAAAAAAUUAGAUCAACAAUUAUUUGAAUUAAUUCUUUUAAAAACAUUUGAUUAUGAAAUUAUUCAAAAUAUUUAUUUAGAUUUUAUUUUAAAUAAACAAAAUUUAACAAAAAAAUCUAUUGAAAUUAUUAUUGAAAAUAUUAAUGAUUGUCAACCUUUUUUUAAUCAAACAAAUUUUUUUUUUCAUAUUCAAGAAAAUAAUCAAAUACCUUUUCUUAUUUAUACUUUUCAAGCUUAUGAUCAAGAUAAUUUAAAUCAAAUUAUUUAUCAAAUUCAAACUUCAGAUGAAAAUAUAUUUUCAAUAAAUUCAACAAGUGGAGAUUUAUGGAUAUUAAAAUCAUUUGAUCGUGAAAUAAAAUCAAAUUAUUCAUUAUUAAUUUGUGCAUUUGAUGGAAUUUAUCAAACAUGUUCAUCAAUAUUUCUAAAUAUUCUUGAUGAAAAUGAUAAUAUUUGUAAAUUUAAUUCAUCAUCAAUAACAUUAACAAUAAAUGAAAAUCUUCCAUCAAAUACAAAUUUAAUACAAAUUCAAGGAUUUGAUCCAGAUUAUAAACAAAAUGGAACAUUAGAAUAUAAACUCUUACCUAAAACAUCUUAUUUAAAUAUUAAUUUAACAACAGGAAUA